AUGGAGAAUGGUAGAAUAUUUCUGCUGGGGCUUAUGCUUUUGCAUUGUUGGGUAGCUAUGGCUGAAGGUGAGUAUUUGAAAUACAAAGAUCCGAAGCAACCAUUGAAUACUCGAAUUAAGGAUCUUGUUGAUCGAAUGACCUUGGAAGAGAAAAUCGGUCAAAUGGUUCAAAUCGACCGCACCGUUGCUUCUGCCGAUGUGAUGAACAAGUAUUACAUUGGGAGUGUUCUAAGUGGUGGUGGAAGUGUUCCUAAACCAAAAGCUAGUGCAAAGGAUUGGGUUGAUAUGGUGAAUGAGUUUCAAAAAGGUUCAUUGUCAACUAGGCUUGGAAUUCCAAUGAUAUAUGGAAUUGAUGCUGUUCAUGGACAUAACAAUGUCUAUAAUGCUACUAUUUUUCCACACAAUGUUGGUUUAGGAGCUACAAGGGAUCCUCAACUAGUGAAGAGAAUUGGUGAUGCAACUGCUCUUGAAGUCAGAGCAACCGGAAUUCCAUAUGCCUUUGCGCCUUGCAUCGCGGUUUGUAGAGAUCCGAGAUGGGGUCGAUGUUACGAAAGUUAUAGUGAAGAUCACACAGUUGUUCAGGCUAUGACCGAGAUCAUUCCAGGUUUGCAAGGUGACCUUCCAAAUUCACAGAAGGGUGUUCCAUUUGUUGCUGGAAACAAGAAAGUAGCAGCUUGUGCUAAGCACUAUGUCGGUGAUGGCGGAACAACAAGAGGAAUCAAUGAGAACAAUACAGUUGCAACCAGACAUGAAUUGCUUAGCAUUCACAUGCCAGCUUACUAUAACUCGAUUAUUAAAGGUGUCUCAACCAUCAUGGUUUCUUACUCGAGUUGGAAUGGAGAAAAAAUGCACGCUAAUCAUGAUUUAAUCACCGGUUUUCUCAAAAACACGCUCCGUUUCAGGGGUUUUGUUAUAUCAGAUUGGCAGGGAAUUGACAGGCUAACUUCACCUGCUCAUGCUAACUAUACGUAUUCGAUUGAAACCGGAGUCAAUGCUGGUAUUGACAUGAUAAUGGUUCCAUAUAACUACACAGAGUUCAUAGAUGGCUUAACCUUGCUAGUGAAAAACAAUGCCAUACCUAUCAGUAGAAUUGAUGAUGCAGUGAAGAGAAUUUUGAGAGUCAAGUUUGUGAUGGGUCUAUUUGAAAAUCCAUUGGCUGAUUACAGUCUCACCAACCAGCUCGGUAGCCAGGAGCAUAGAGAAUUGGCUAGGGAAGCUGUGAGGAAAUCGUUGGUAUUAUUAAAGAACGGUGAAAAUGCCGAUAAACCGUUGCUUCCUCUUCCGAAAAAGGCUUCGAAAAUACUUGUUGCUGGAAGUCAUGCUGAUAAUCUAGGUUACCAAUGUGGUGGAUGGACGAUUGAAUGGCAAGGACUCAGCGGCAACAACGUUACCAGUGGUACGACAAUUCUGAGUGCGAUAAAAAACACGGUUGACAAAGACACUGAGAUAGUCUAUCAGGAGAAUCCAUCUCUCGACUAUGUGAAAUCAAACGAUUUUUCGUAUGCAAUUGUGGUAGUUGGAGAGACACCUUAUGCAGAAACAAACGGAGACAGCUUGAACUUAACGAUAUCUGGUAAAGGAGCAGAAACGAUAAACAAUGUAUGCGGCGGAGUGAAAUGUGUGGUUGUGUUAAUCACUGGUAGACCUGUGGUUAUGUUACCAUAUGUAGACAUAAUUGAAGGACUUGUUGCUGCUUGGCUUCCUGGUAGUGAAGGUUAUGGUGUUACUGAUGUUUUGUUUGGUGAUUAUGGAUUUAGUGGGAAACUUCCAACGACAUGGUUUAAGAAUGUUGAUCAGUUACCUAUGAAUGCUGGUGAUUCUCAUUAUGAUCCUUUGUUUCCAUUUGGAUUUGGUCUUACAACCAAAGGGCUUCAUUAG